UUUCAGAUUCAGAAAACUCACACAGAGAAGUCCUUUGCCCUGAAGUUGUUACUGAACUUUACAGUGGGAGGUAAAAGCUAGGAGACUUUACAGCGGUAUGUUUAUAAGCAGGGAUAGAAUAAAGCAGCAGAGAUUUUCACAGGUUUUAGUUUGAGGUUUUACAAAUUAAUUAAAAUAAUGGAGGUAGGCAAGCAUGAGAAAUAUGUGCUCUUAAAUGAGGACUCGGACUUGGAAGAGUUUGAUAAAAGUAAAGUGGCACUGAUGCACCAUCCCCAAGAUGGGAAAACACGCUUGAAAAGCAGUAAGGAGUUUCCAGCCCGUUUUCACCCACAGAGACUCUGUCAUGUUUUCUUUAUCGCACUGCUGCUAACCUCCCAGGUAUUUCUGAGUCUCUUUGUUCUGAAAUUGCAUCAGAAGUUGGAGACAGUAAAACAGAAGCAAGUUACAACACAGAAAGAUGCUGAGCAGAAGGAGAUGGAAACAAACAGCAGAGGAGAAUCCAAACAAAAAGACUUGAGCCAGAAGGUUGAUGAAUUGAAACCAUCACCAUCCACUCCUGAAGCCAAAGACCCCAGAAGUGACAUUUCUGUUGAGGACACUGUCUCCCUGAGACAAAGAGUUGAUGUGUUAGAAAUGGGUAUGAAAUCCAUAGAGAUGAUUGUUUCCCAAAAACCUGAAGAAAUGAAAUUAAUGCUGGCUCAGCAAAACAGUGAAAAUAGCUCUGAGGAAGAAAUCCAGGAGACCUCUUAUCUACUUGAGUGUGUUCAUAAAUUGAAUAUGUCUACAGCAAUGGAGUUCCAAGAAAUGAAAGGCAGAAUAACGCAGCUGCAAAACCACAUGCUUAAUUUCACAGGCCAGUUCCUCAAUAUGGAGGGAAGAGAUGAUUCUCUGAUGCAUUCUCUAAACUCACAGAAUCUUUCUGAGUCUAAGAUGAAUGUUAUGGAAAAACAAUUUAACUAUGCCACUGAGGCUUUGAACAGCCUUCAAAACCGCCUUGAAGAGGGAUUGGAUUCAGUGUUCCUUCAGAUCUCUCAGCUUAAAGAUGAUUUCUAUUUUAUUGAAAACUUCUUGAACCACACAGAUAUGGGAAACUCAAAGUCUUAUGUGUCCACAUCUGAACUCUUAAAAGAAACAGAAGAAGAUACACUUUCAACUCUGUCUCCAUCUUCCCAAAAUUAUGCACCAGUGAAAGACCCAACACACCCAGUUCUUCUGGAUCAUCAGACACAAGUCAUGGAGCCAGAGACAGUGGAAGAGAAGCACAAAAUAAACAUCCCUUUCAUAAAGAAACUUACAGACCUCCAAGUCUUUUUCUAUGGUGCUGACAAAAAUGCAAAUGGAUACCUGACAUUAACUGAGAUAGAAAAGGUCCUGGGAGAAGAUGCACCUCAGAAAGAGGAAUUGGAAGAAUUUGAUGAUGAUAACAAUAAGAUGUACUCCUACCUUGAAUUGAGAAAAGCCCUUGAGCUGACAGAGUAAUUAAGAAGACUAAUUGCAAGGCUGAGAGAUGCAUGCAAUGUUCUGGAUCUUUAUUUUAUUUUACAGGAAAGAAAAUCACUUACAGGUUUAUUUUUUAAUUGGUCAUUCUUUUGGAACAGCAAAAUAUCAAUUAUAUAAUGAUAAAAUGCCCCUCAUUCCAAUAUGCACACCAUAUUUACCAUAGAUGCCAUGUAUUGCAGAAUAGCUAGAGAAGGAGACUUCUCAAAAUGUUUAACUCACUUUGUAAUUGUAAGUACAUAGACAAAAAAGGAAGACAAAGGAAAUAUUAUUGAUCAAAAUGUUUUAAAACCAUGGAUUUAGUAUUAAAAAUUGUUAUGCAACUUAA